AUGAGAAAGCUCUACAACCACACCAAAGGCAAAAUCCACCCUUCACCACCACCCACCACCACCCCUUACCACCACCUCUCCCUCCUCCCUCUCGCCAUCGCCACCCUCGCCGCCACUCUCCCACCACAAGACCAACAAGUCCUCGCCUACCUCCUCUCCAUCUCCGCCACCACCACCACCGGAAAACCCUCCACCAAGUCCGCCGGAAAACCCACCACCGGCGCAGACCACCCUCCACAGUUCAACUGCAACUGUUUCAGAUGUUAUACUAGUUUCUGGGUCCGUUGGGAUGCUUCACCAAACCGAAAAGUUAUCCAUGAAAUCAUAGACGCUUAUGAAGAUGGGUUAGUUCACAACAAGAAAAAUGGUAAGAACAAAAAAGAAAGAAAGAAUAACAAGUGUUUAUCUUCUUCUUCUUCUUCUUCUUCUUCAAGUUCUUGUUCUAGUUCCUCGAGUGGUUUACACGCGCCGCCGGCUGCGGCGGAGAACAUGAGUUGUGAGCCGUUAAGAAUGGAGCAAAGUAGGAUUGAGGGUGAAGAUGAAGUGGUCACUGGGUCGUCGGAAAAAGGGUGGGCGGUUGAUAAAGAACCGGAAAUGUUCGCACGUGAGAAUAGUGUCGGGUGGAUGGAGAUGGCUGAGCCGGUUAUGAAUCUUUAUACAAAAACUAUUGAUGCUUCUUAUAUUGAAAAGAAAGAAACUACAAUGGUUUGGCACUAUAUGAAGAUGCUGAUAAAGAUUUUGGGCCAAAGUAGGCUAAGAAACUAUUGGAUCAUCUUGAAAACAUACUGGCUAACGAGCUUGUUGCUGUGA